CCCAGGUGGCACAGUGGAGCUGCUCAGGCCGUUGUGACCAGAAAAUGGGGCCCAGAGAGGGGCAGAGGUUGCCCCGUGGCUGAUGUGGGGGUAGAGCCAGAUCUGACUGUGCCAUUCAUCAGAGCCCCUAGAUUUGCAUCGCACCUGCCUUGGGGUGUUGCUGGGGAUAGAGCUGGGGAGAGGGGGAGGGGAGCCGCCUCCCACACCUGCUCUUUCCACCCUGACUGGCCUGACGUGGGAAACCACUUCUCUGACCACUGGCCACUGGAAAGGAGAACGUCUGGCAAAGGCUCAUGCCCAGGGUCCCAGGUGUGGAGCUAACCACGUCGUUUCCGGCCAGUGCGGUGGUGGCUGUCGUGGACCAGGUCUCAGUGCAGAUCCCAGGGCCUUUGCCCUUGAUCCCAGGCAGAGGAGAGCCGUGGGAGCAGGACCCAAUGGCCUGGUACAGAGCCCCGAGUGGGCCUCGAUCCCUGCCACUGCCUGUUCUGCUUACAGACAGGCCGCUGUCCUCCCUGGGCGGGAGGGGAGGGGUGGGGCAGAGAGCAAACGCCAAGGUGGCACGAGGCUGGGCAUGUGCCUGGUCUCAGACAGUGUCUAAGGAGUGUCACACACCUGGAGGUGUCACUCUGACGACCUCUGCUCCCACUGGAGCAUCUUAAUCUCUUUAGAAGCUGACCGCUGACCCCAGGCGGUGACUGGAGUCCAGGGACCCCCAGCCCCGCCCUGGGCCCAGAGUCCCCCAUUGGUGAGCCUUGGCUCUGCUUAUAGCAUCUGACGCCAGAGGGGCUGAAAAUAGCCCCUGGAGGAGGUGGAGGAGGGGGCUAUUUAAAGGGCCUGGGAGGAGCAGAGCUGAGAGCGGGUGAGCACUGAUCAUGGCCACUGCAGAGCUGAGCUGCCAGGUGUCCGAGGAAGACCGAGAGCGGCGAGAAGCCUUCUGGGCCGAAUGGAAGGAUCUGACAUUGUCCACACGGCCUGAGGAGGGUUGCUCUCUGCACGAGGAGGAUGCCCAGCGGCACGAGACCUACCACCAGCAGGGCCAGUGCCAGGCGCUGGUGCAGCGCUCCCCCUGGUUGGUGAUGCGUAUGGGCAUCCUCGGCCGUGGGCUGCAGGAGUACCUGCUGCCCUACCAGCGGGUGCUACCACUGCCCAUCUUCACCCCCGCCAAGAUGGGUGCCACCAAGGAGGAGCGCGAGGACACCCCCAUCCAGCUGCAGGAGCUGCUGGCCCUGGAGACAGCCCUGGGUGGCCAGUGUAUGGAACGCCAGGACGUGGCCGAGAUCACCAAGCAGCUGCCCCCCGUGGUGCCUGUCAGCAAGCCUGGCGCCCUGCGUCGCUCCCUGUCCCGCUCCAUGUCCCAGGAAGCACAGAGAGGCUGAGAGGGGCGGUGACUCGGGCUCCACCGGGCCUGCUGUGGGCUGGGCCCUUCCUGGCUAGGACCAUGGAGGGGAGCUGCUGGCCAUGGAUGCUUCGUAGUUUGCCCAGAGUUGGGGGCUAGGGGAGGAGGGAGCCGGAGGCCAGGAUGCCUGGGUCCCCUGAGCUCCCAAAGGGAGGGGAGUGAAGACAGUGGGCACGAAGGAUAGAGCUGGGGGCCAGCAUAGCCAAGUGCCCCCAGCCCCAGGAGAAGGGACAAAAGAUGCUGGUGAGGACAGAGGUCCCUGAGGGGAGUGACCCUGGUCUAGGCUCCAGUUUCAGAGAAAGAUGAGGAAAAGGGGAUCUGGAAUGCUCUAGGAAGGAGGCUUGAAGGAGACCAGAGUGAGGGGGAUGUGAAGAGGGCAGAGGCAGAGUGGAGCCCCCAGCAUCCUCUGUUAGCGCUGCAAUAAACGCUCAGCCGUGCUCCAGA